CAAGAAUAUCCGUAGUUAAACAAAUCUAUCGGCCAAAGUGGUUUAUCCAAACAUCCUGCUAUAAAAUCUCUUCCGAAUUCCCGUUAGCUUCGCACACUGGAGUUCUGCGGCAAGCAAGACGCGCGGCCGCGCCGCUACAGGCAUGGCAGAAACCAAUCCUGAAGCGGUCGGCUGCGUAGAAAGAUUCGCAACAUUUCUCUCAUUCCUGUUGGUCGUCAUCACCUUUCCGUUCUCAUUGUUCGAGUGUUUCAAGGUGGUUCAAGAGUUCGAACGAGCUGUAAUAUUCCGGCUUGGAAGGGUGCGCAAGGGCGGCGCGCGGGGUCCGGGCCUAUUCUUCGUGCUGCCAUGCAUUGACACUUACAGGAAAGUCGACCUGCGGACUGUGUCAUUCGAUGUUCCACCUCAAGAGGUGUUAACGAGAGAUUCCGUAACUGUGGCUGUGGAUGCGGUAGUCUACUACAGAAUCAAAGAACCUCUCAAUGCCGUCGUCAGAGUUGCAGAUUACAGUGCAUCCACAAGAUUGUUAGCUGCGACGACGCUCCGGAACGUAUUGGGCAUGCGUGACUUGGCGCAACUCCUCUCCGAUAGAGAGGCCAUCAGCCACAUGAUGCAGGCCAACUUAGAUGAAGCCACUGAUCCCUGGGGAGUGGAGGUGGAAAGAGUGGAGAUCAAGGAUGUACGUUUACCGGUACAGCUUCAGCGAGCUAUGGCGGCAGAGGCAGAGGCCGACCGCGAGGCCCGCGCGAAGAUUAUCGCCGCAGAGGGGGAGAUAAAAGCCUCCAAGGCCUUAAGAGAGGCGUCGCUAGUCAUGGUCGAUAACCCUAUGGCUUUACAGCUGCGAUACCUCCAGUCGCUCAACACCAUAUCAGCGGAGAAGAAUUCCACAAUAAUCUUCCCUUUCCCCAUGGACUUCCUAAAAACAUUCUUAAGUCCUACUCCGAGCUGUUCGCAUACAUUACCUUUAUAG